AUGAAGUACGCACAGCUGGUGCUGGGCCCGGCGGGCGUGGGGAAGUCGACCUACUGCGAGCGGCUGUCGCAGCACUGCGAAGUUGUAGGGAGGCCCAUACACAUCGUCAAUCUUGACCCUGCCGCUGAAGCUUUCCACUAUCCAGUCACACUUGACAUUCGUGAUCUGGUGACACUAGAAGAUGUGAUGGAGGAAUUAAACUUGGGGCCGAAUGGGGGCCUCAUGUACUGCAUGGAGUAUUUUGAGGAAAACUUGCAUGACUGGCUGGGUGAAGAACUUGAGGGGUACAGUGAUGACGACUACUUGGUUUUUGACUGCCCAGGCCAAAUUGAGCUAUAUUCACAUGUGCAAGUUUUCAGAACAUUUAUAGACUACCUCAAGAACGAUGGGUGGCAGGUGUGUGCUGUGCACUGCUUGGAUUCACAUUUCAUGACAGAUAUCACCAAGUAUGUGGCAGGCUGCUUCCAGGCCUUGGCUGCCAUGGUCCACCUCGCGAUCCCCCACAUCAACAUUAUCACAAAGAUGGACCUGUGUGAAAACAAGAGCUCCAUCGACGAAUUCCUGAUUCCCGACAGUCAGCUGCUGCUCGGCGAACUCCAACAGCGGACGGGCCCUAAAUUCCUCAAGUUGAAUCAAGGGAUUGCUCAGGUGGUGGAUGAGUACAGCAUGCUGAGCUUUGUGCCUCUGGACGUCACAGACGAAGAGAGCAUCGAAGUGGUUCUGACGCACAUUGACAUGGCGACGCAAUUCGGGGAGGAUGCGGAGGUGAAGGUUCGGGACUUUGACGAGAAAGGAGGCGCCGAUGACUAG